UCCUUGUUUGGUUAUGACUUUUUUGAACUUUUAACUUUAACUUCUUUUUUUAAUUUAACUUUAACUCAUUACUUAAACUAAAAGGCUUCUUAAUGAGGAAGAAAUUUAGGAAUUUUGAAGGGUAAAAUAAACUCUCACAUGGUUUCCUUUAUUCUUCCAAAAUUAAAAGCCAAACGAGAGAGGAAGGAAAUCUUUCGAUCUUUUCCCCUUCAUGUUCUCUUUCUUUUUAUUCCAAACACAGCCGUCGGAUGUUUUCCCUCUGUACCCCUUUCCAAAAGAUAAACCUGUCUUUUUGGCGCUCGUUUUUUAUGAAGAAACAAAAGGAAUUGCAACUUUCCACUGCUAAUGAUCAAAUCCCCUCCCAAGUAUCUGAAAAUUCUAACGCGAAUUCCAUCGUCUCUCAAGCUUGGCUCUCUGUUUGACUUCUCCACCACUUCUCCAUCGAUAUUUCCCCUUCCAAACCACUUCCAACCAUGCAUACAACAAACCGCAGACCAAACAAUUCAUCACCUUUCCCACCACCCGAAACCGGAAAUCUCGAGCUUUUCCCACAAAGGUUUCUCAGAAAUCACCGACGAGGCUGUUGGAAGAGCACUGCACGCGGUUUGGUUAAAGGGUUCUACCCAUUUAGCAACCUUCCAUAUGAAUACAUUGAUAAACAUGUACUCAAAGUUUGGGAAUUUUGAACCUGCGCGUUACUUGUUCGACACAAUGCCUGAGAGGAAUGGAGCUUCUUGGAACACCAUGAUGUCGUCGUAUGUUCGAGCAGGUUCAUACCCAGAUGCAGUUAAACUAUUUCGUGAUAUGGGUGAUCCAGGGAUUGAGCCAAGUGGGUAUAUGGUUGCCAGUUUGAUGACUGCAUGCAGUAGGUCUAAUGAUAUGGUGUAUGAGGGAUUUCAAAUUCAUGGUUUUAUACUCAAAGCCGGCUUGUUGUGGGAUGUGUUUGUGGGCACUGCAUUGCUGCAAUUUUAUGGCGUAUGUGGGUUUUGUUCUAGCGCCAAGAGCAUAUUUGAUGAGAUGCCAGUAAGGAAUGUAGUUACUUGGACUUCAUUGAUGGUUGGCUAUUCGGAUAAUGGAGAUCCUGCAGAGGUUUUAAAUGUGUACAAACAAAUGAGGCACAAAGGGGUUGGUUGUAGUCAAAACGCUUUCACUACUGUUAUUGGUUCAUGUGCCUUGCUUGAGGAUGAGUCAGUAGGUCAUCAAGUGCUUGCACAUGUUAUUAUGUCAGGGUAUGAGACAAAUGUUUCUGUUGCGAACUCUCUGGUAUCAAUGUUCGGUAGUCUCAGUACCGUCAAAGAUGCUUGCUAUGUCUUUGAACACAUGGUUAAGCAUGAUACGAUUUCAUGGAAUUCUAUGGUUUCAGCUUAUGCACAUAAUGCGCUUUCGGAAGAAUCACUGAGAUGUUUCUGUUUGAUGCGUCUUGUACAUGGUGAAAUAGAUUCAAUCACACUUUCCAUUAUGUUAUCUGUCUGUGGUACUUCUAAAACUUUGAAGUGGGGGACUGGGAUUCAUGGACUGGCAGUCAAAUUGGGUUUGGAUUCCGAUGUUUGGGUAUCUAAUACUCUUCUUACUAUGUACUCUGAAGCUGGAAGACUUGAAGAUGCAAAAGAAUUGUUCAAAGGAAUGCCGGCAAGGGAUUUAAUAUCAUGGAAUUCCAUAAUGGCUGGCUAUGUACUGGAUGGGAAGUGUCUAGAUGCCUUAAAAGUAUUGGAUAAUUUGCUUAAGAUGCGAAGUACAAUGAACUAUGUGACAUUUGCUAGUUCACUGGCUGCAUGCUCAAACCCUGAGUUCCUUGCAGAAGGAAAGGUGAUUCACACGCUUGUCAUAAUGGCUGGCCUUCAUGACAACUUAAUUGUUGGAAAUGCACUAGUAACCAUGUAUGGAAAGUGUGGGGAAAUGGGUGAAGCUAAGCAGGUUUUCCUAAAAAUGCCCAAGAAAGACUUGGUUACUUGGAAUGCCCUUAUUGGUGCCUAUGCUGAAAAUGAAGAACUAGACGAGGCAAUGAAGCUUUUCAAGUUGAUGAGAGUGGAACGCACUCCUGCAAACUACAUAACUGUUGUUAAUGUUCUUGGUGCUUGCUUGGCUCCUAAUGCCCUAUUGAUACAUGGAAUGCCCAUACAUGCACAUACAGUUUCAACAGGAUUCGAGUCAGAUGAUUAUGUGAAGAAUUCCCUGAUCACAAUGUAUGCCAAGUGUGGUGACCUCAACUCAUGUAGCUAUGUCUUUAGCAGAUUGCUUGACAAGAACCCUGUCACAUGGAAUGCCAUGGUUGCUGCAAAUGCUCAUCAUGGUGAUGGGGAAGAAGCUUUAAAACUCUUUUUGGAGAUGCAUAGAGCUGGAAUAGGUUUAGAUCAAUUCAGCUUUUCUGCAGCCCAAACUGCUUCUGCAAACUUGGCUAUUUUGGAUGAAGGCCAACAGCUUCACUGUCUAGCCACUAAACUCGGAUUCGACUCAUCUCAAUAUGUCACAAAUGCUAUAAUGGAUAUGUAUGGAAAGUGCGGAGAAAUGGAUGACGUUCAAAAAAUGCUUCCUGAACCAAAAAUGAGGUCACGACUAUCUUGGAACAUAUUAAUAUCAGCUUUUGCCAGAUUUGGCUGUUUUGAUAAAGCAAGAGAAACUUUUCACGAUAUGCUAAAACUGGGAUCGAAACCUGAUCAUGUCACGUUUGUGUCUCUUCUAUCCGCUUGUAGUCAUGGUGGUCUAGUAGAUGAGGGCCUUGCACAUUUUAAUUCGAUGACGAAGGAGUUUGGUGUGCCAGCUGGUAUAGAGCACUGUGUAUGUAUUAUUGACCUUCUUGGACGUUCAGGAAAGCUUUCCGAGGCCGAAAAUUUUAUUGAAGAAAUGCCGAUUCCACCAAAUGACUUUGUCUGGCGAAGUUUGUUGGCGUCAUGUAGGAUCCAUGGAAAUUUGGAGUUGGGCAGGAAAGCCACUGAACAUCUUCUUCAGUUUAACCCAUCAGAUGAUUCUGCUUAUGUUCUUUAUUCCAAUGUCUGUGCGAAGUCUGGAAACUGGGACUAUGUUGAGAAUGUGAGAGGGCAAAUGCAAUUACGCCACGUAAAGAAGCAGCCGGCUUGCAGUUGGAUCAAGUUAAAAAAUGUAGUGAGUUCAUUUGGCAUUGGAGACCAGUCCCACCCUCAGACUAGGCAAAUUUAUACGAAAUUGGGAGAGCUUAGGAAGAUGAUCACAGAAGCAGGUUAUGUCCCGGACACAACAUUCUCAUUGCAUGACACUGAUGAAGAACAGAAGGAACAUAAUCUUUGGAACCACAGUGAGAGACUUGCGCUGGCAUAUGGGUUGAUCAACGCUAAGAAAGGUUUGAAGCUUAGAAUUUUCAUGAACCUUCGUGUUUGUGGCGAUUGCCAUUCUGUUUUCAAGUUCAUCAGUGAAAUUAUCCAGCAGGAAAUCAUAUUGCGGGAUCCGUAUCGGUUUCAUCAUUUCAGCCGUGGAAAGUGCUCUUGCGGUGACUAUUGGUAGUGAGGCCAUGGAUGAGUUUUUCUUGUAACUUCUUUGGAAAGAUGAGUUUUUGGUGUACAAUAGCUGACUGUAGAAUCACAAUUGUUGGUUUAUUUUUCAUUGCCAAAUCAAUGCAAUGGUAAUUAAUCACCUCUUUGUAGGGAUUUAAGAUAUUCUUUUUCUUUUCAAUUAAUUCGAAUAUUGCUCUUAAAAUGCUUUCUGUUGCUAAGAUGUGGAUGUUAUAUAUAUUUUUUCCUAAA